AAACGACUCCUCCUCGACGAGCUGCAGAUCGUUGUGGGGCCUAAACAACAUCCUCUAUCAGCCACAUCCUUAAAUCAGGAUGUCUGUGCAGUUCUGUGGCUGGGAGGUGGUGGACGACGGGGCAUCUUUUCCUGGUGUGAUGCUAGGGCCGUCACAGACGCCUCAAAACCGGGGCAUCUAUACCAUGUUCCAUGGGACCAGGGUUUCCAGCGCACGACUUAUCAUCGCUAAUGGUUUUAAACAAUCGUCAGGUGGCACGUUGGGACAGGGGGUGUACGUCAGUCGUGAUAAGAAAAAGGCGGAUAGCUAUCCACUGCUCUGUAACCCCUCAGACCGUGUGGUCCUUGAGGUUCGUGUACGCGUUGGUCGUGUCAAAUGCAUUGACCAGAGGGGUCAUCCUUUGCAAUUAACUUGGCACUCGCACGGCUAUGACACAGCCUGGUUGCCGCCCAAUUUAGGCCUAGAGGAAGAUUGUGUGUUUGAUCCCAAAAGAGUGAAGGUGGUCGGCAUUGCAAACGCACCCAGUGCUUCAAUACAGACAGAACUGCAGCAGCUUCUGGCGAAAACAUCCAAAAGUCCUGGGAGUGGAGGGGUUGGUGCUGCAGAUGUGUGCUCCCUGUGUAAGAGGAAGACCCAGCAGGGCUCUACGCACGUCAAGCAACAGUGCUGGAAGUGUGGACAAAACAUCUGCAUUCUCAUGUCCAAGCACUUCUGUGCUAUUAGGAUGGCAGUUCGGUUCUGUGGCUGGGGGGUGACCUACGAUGAUGACUCCCCCCGUCUGGAGCUGGGGGCCUCCCAGGAUCCCAAAGAUCGAGGUGUCUACACCAUGUACCAUGGCACCAGCGUUCCCAACGCUCGUCUCAUAAUCGCUGGCGGCUUUCAGCAGUCCCAAAAAGGCAUGCUAGGAAAGGGCGUGUACGUCAGUCGUGACAAGAAAAAGGCAGAACGUUAUCCACUGAACGUCAACUCUGCAGACCGCGUGGUCCUUGAGCUGCAUGUGCGCGUUGGCCGUGUCAAGCGCAUUGACAAAGACAACCAUCCCAUGCAGUACACUUGGAGCACACAGGGCUAUGACACUGCUUGGGUACCCCCCAACUGUGGCAUGGUGGCUGUGCGCAGUGGCCUAGAAGAGGAUUGUGUGUUUGACCCCAAAAGAGUGAAGGUUGCGGGCAUUGCAAAGGCCCCCAACAACGUACUGAUGGAGCUUCAGCAGCUUUUGGCUAAAAUUCGCCUCAGUGGUGGAAACGGGGUUACAGCUGUUGUGGAUGUGUGUUCACUGUGCAAUCGAAAGAAGCAGGAGGGUUCCACACACAGCAGUCAGCCAUGUUGGGGCUGUGGGCAGAACAUCUGCCCUCUUCAAGCCAAACAUGUCUGUCCAGUUAAUGCUUCAGAGGUUGUAAGGGCCUGAAAAACUGUAUGGCUGUGACACACCUGAUCAAGGUUCUUCCACAAACUACAUGACACAGUAAUUGUUGAACAUGUGUUUCAGAUGUCUAUAUGCUGUCUAAGUAGACAUGCUGUCAAAGUUUUCUAUAAGUUCAGGUAGUUUUGGCAAGUUUAUCAUGCUUUAGUUUAUACUGUAGUACUGACAUGUGUUAAGGUUAUGUGCAAACAAGAUGAGACAAUCUUUAUAUGAGCAAAAUGUCUUUAUUUCAUCCUGAAGGUGGACAUGGUUAUUCUAAUUCUAGAACUUCUGAAAUAUGUAAUCGCACUGAUGAUUUCAAUGUAAUGGACUGAUUUGAUUUCCUGAACAAUGUCAAAUCAAAGAAUCACGUUAAGCCAAUAAAGCCACAUUUAUGAUAUC